AUGUUUGCAGUCAGCUCCAACAAACCGCCCCUCGAAGAGUUUGACGAUGUCAAAAAAGAAAUGGAGCAGUUUUCGCUCCGCUUCAACAACCUUAUUCUUGAAAAAAAAUCCGCCGUGGUGACCUCCAAGCAGCAGCAUACCAGUAAAAUCAACGAUUUGGAGAGAAGAGCACAAAAGCUCCGCGACGAAAUCGAAUCGCAGCAGAUCAAAAAGCAGAAAACGGUGGAUUCCAUCAACCUGACUCUAAGCGAUCUCCGCAUGAAACAGGUCAAGGUGGAUGGGUUGACGAAACAGCUCGAGAGUCUCCGCACAACGAAAGAGAACCUACAACGAGAAGUUGAGCUUGUCGAAAAAGAAUACAAACGCGAGGAAGAGUUGUUAGUCAACAUUAGACAGAACCUAAAUGACCAGGUUGCCAAAGACAUGGACGAACUCACCAAGUUCGAGAUGUACCUUGGAUUGAAAAUCGAGGCUGUGGACGUUGAUCUUCUUCGGUUUCGCUUUGCCAAUGUGGACGCCCAGGACAUUGAUCGUGAAGUCUUGGUUGAGUUGUUUGUGGGGGACGAAACGUAUAAAGUUCGGCGGACACAGCCGGCUUUGGACCAAAGUCGGAUUUCUCAAAUCGAGGCGGAUUUCAAUCAACACGGCGACUUUGUGGUGUUUUUGAAAACCGUCCGCGUGGCAUUACGCGAGGCCAUGUGA